GGCUGGGGAUGUUCUGGGGCUUCCCCCGGCCCCGAAGUUGGCUGCUCCGCCGGGAGCCCCGCGCCGCAGAGCUCGCUCCCGGUCCCUCCUGCUGAUGAGCUCUGCCUUUGCCCUGACCAUGAAAGAGAGAGGAGACCCCAGGUAGCCCCAUGGAUUGCAGCUGAAGGCUUUGGGAACUUGGUGCUCCGUUGCCAAAAGGCAGAAUUGGACAGGAAUCCUCGCCACCACCGCAGGACACAGCGGGAGAAGCCAAAGCCGGCCCUGCCCCAGUCACCCCAGUGACCACCCAGCACCUGCUGGGACCACCACGGGUCUGGGCACCGACCUGCUCACGCUGACACAACCAUCCUUUGGGAAAAAGGAAUUUCAGCUCCAAGCUCCAAGCAGUCUCUCUUGUCAGAGUGGUACUGAUGGCCAGAUGCUCUAUUUAUUUUAUGUGCUAAUGUUCUAACCCCCCAAUAAUUAAGGCAGACACAGUUUAAGGCAUUUUCCACAGCGACGCAGUUGUAGCAGAGCAGAAGGUUGAGGAAAACCUGAUCCAGCACCAUCUCACGGCCUCUCCAAUUUACUCCUAUCAAAUUUCAUCAGCAACUCAGAACUUGAUCUUUGUAUUGAUUGACUGGAGUCACCUCUAGAUAUUUUCAUGCUGAUUUGGAAGACCUUUCGUACAAUAAAAGGGGGAAAAAUGAGGUUAAGGAAGACUUUUGACCACUGAUCAGCAACUCUGGCCGAAACUUUCCCAAUCAAGUGAAUUGCAAAGUCGGCUUCCGUGCCAAGAGGAACUUUCCACAUCCAGGUCCAGCGUGCAGAGUGGGAUCAUCCCUGUUCCUGCGUGGAUCUCCUUGGAGUGGAGCAUUUUUAGAUGAGGAGUUUCCAUGCUGAUCCCGAGAGCCACCCCUAGCCCAGCCGCCGCCUUCCUCGGGACUCCCGGCGCUGCCCUCGCCCAGGGCGCCCGCGCCUGGCCGCAGCUGCCAUGCUCUACCUGGCUGCCCUCCUCGUGCACUGCGUGCCCCUGGCCAUGGCACAGUAUGACAUUUGCAAGUCCUGGGUGACCACGGACGAUGGCCCCUCGUGGGAGUUUUAUGCGUGCCAGCCCAAGGCCAUGCGGAUGAAGGAUUACGUGACCGUGCGGGUGGACCCGGCAGGAAUCACUUGUGGGGACCCUCCGGAGAGGUUCUGCACCCAUGAGAACCCGUACCUGUGCAGCGAUGAGUGCGACGCCUCCAACCCCGACCUGGCUCACCCACCCAAGCUGAUGUUCGACAGCGAGGACGAGGGCCUGGCCACCUACUGGCAGAGCGUGACCUGGCGCCGGUACCCGGAGCCGCUGCUGGCCAACAUCACCCUGUCCUGGAACAAGAGCAUCGAGCUCACCGACGACAUCGUCAUCACCUUCGAGUACGGGCGCCCCACCAUCAUGAUGCUGGAGAAGUCUCUGGACAACGGGAGGACUUGGCACCCGUACCAGUAUUAUGCAGACGACUGCAUGGAGGCCUUCAGCAUGCCAGCAAGGAGGGUCCGGGACCUCUCCACCACCAGUGCCAACAGGGUCCUCUGCACCGAGGAGUAUUCCCGCUGGGCGGGCUCCAAGAAGGAGAAGACCGUCCGCUUUGAGGUGCGGGAUCGCUUCGCCAUCUUCGCCGGCCCUGACCUCAAGAACAUGGACAACCUGUACACGCGGCUGGAGAGCGCCAAAGGGCUCAAGGACUUCUUCACCGUCACCGACCUGCGCAUGAGGCUGCUGAGGCCCGCCCUGGGCGGCACCUACGUGCAGAGGGAGAACCUGUACAAGUAUUUCUACGCCGUCUCCAACAUCGAAGUCACCGGCAGAUGUAAAUGCAACCUCCACGCCAACCUGUGCACCUUCAAAGAGGGCAGCCUGCAGUGCGAGUGUGAGCACAACACCACGGGCCAGGACUGUGGCAAGUGCAAGAAGAACUUUCGCUCCAGGUCCUGGCGAGCAGGCUCCUACCUGCCUCUCCCCAACGGGUCCCCCAAUGCAUGUGCAGCUGCAGGCUCAGCCUUUGGCACGUACGAGCGGCCGCAGCGAGUAAACACGGCAAAAACCACCACGGCUAAAACCACCACGGCUAAAACCACCACUGCAAAAACCACCACUGCAAAAGCCGCCACCACCACCUCAACCACCACCACAGCCACCACCAGCACCCCCCUACCAGCCACCACCACCCAGCCAGCAAGCAUCAUCAGACCAGCCUCUGAGUUUGCUGCCUCAGUGCCCGUGACAGAGCCACAGAACAACCCAGACUUCCCUGACUUGUCAGCGGCUGCCCCGCUGCAGGUGGGCUCUCCCCCAGCCAAGGCUGGCCCAGGAGCACCAGCAGCACUUGGAGAGAAGCUGAAGCCACCAGAGCCUCCCGAGAGCAUGAGAGCGGCUCCGAAGAGCAAACCAGGGCGCACAGCACACUCUGCAGGCAAGAAGCACAAGAAAAAGACAGCAUCCUCAAAGAGCUCAAAACUCAUCCGGCUCAAACCAAACUCCGGCCCAGUGGCUCCCAUUGAAACUUACAAAGACUGCGAGUGCUACGGCCACUCCAACCGCUGCAGCUACAUCGACUUCCUGAACGUGGUGACCUGCGUGAGCUGCAAGCACAACACGCGGGGCCAGCACUGCCAGCACUGCCGCCUGGGCUUCUACCGCAACAGCUCCGCCGAGCUGGACGACGAGAAUGUCUGCAUAGAAUGUAACUGCAACCAGAUCGGCUCCAUGCACGACCGCUGCAACGAGACCGGCUACUGUGAGUGCAGGGAAGGCGCCAUGGGGCCCAAGUGUGACGACUGCCUGCCCAACUACUACUGGAGACAGGGCUGCUUCCCCAACGUGUGCGAUGACGAGCUCCUGCUCUGCCAGAACGGCGGCACCUGCUACCAGAACCAGCGCUGCAUCUGCCCCGUGGGCUUCAAAGGCGUGCUGUGCCAGCAGUCCCGCUGCGAGGUGGACAAGCAGGACUGUGACGGUGCCCCCGGUGCCCGCGGCAGCCCGGCCGCCCUGGCGCUGGCCAUGCUCGCCCUGCAGCUGCCAGGCUGGGUGGAUCUCUGAGGCUGCACGGCGAGCCCAGCCCGGGGGCCUGGCGACGCCGAGGUGACGGGUGGCCGUCCCCAGCGCCUCCUCCUCCGCCUUCCUUCACGCUAGGACUUGCACAACGUCUUUGGGGCCACUUUCCAAGCAGAGAGGUACGCAGGGAGCCCGGCGCUGGGUGCUGCCCGGGGGCCGUGCCCGCUGGGGACACGGGGACAGCAGCAGCGACGUUCUGUGUGGGACAUGGGGACAGCAGCAUCAUUCUGUAUGGGACACAGGGACAGCAUCAUUCUGUGUGGGACGUGGCCCGUCUGCCCUCUUGGCACAGGGAUCUGUCCUGCCCCGCACAGGGAUCUGUCCUGCUCCACACAGGGUGGCCCAGGAGAACAGUGCCGCGAUCCGAGGGAUGGUUUUUUUAAUUCUUACUUUCUUUACUUUGGUAUAGGCCGGGGUGGUGUUUUUAUUUUCCCUCCUCUCAGCGUCCUGGUUUGGGAGAGCCUGUGGUGACAAGAGCGGAGCCCCAGCGCGCAGGGGACAGGAGGGAGGGGAGAGGGGACUCGGGUCCAUCCCUGCUGCAAAUCCCACAUCCCACCACGGGCCCGGCCUGGCCACGCACAUACUGUUGCCUACGACUGUAGUUGCUGCAUUGAUUUUGUAUUUUCAUGGCUGGGUUUUGUUUUCUUGCACUGAUGGAGAACACGGGGGCCGUGAGGCGUUUGGAGCGUGAGGGGUGCAGCGUCUUAUCCACACAUGUCCGUAUGGUGUACGGGUCAAAUUCUUCUUUGGGUAGAGACUUAUUUUUGUUUGGAUUAAAUGUUAUAACAGAACCACGACCUAAAGGGACAUUUUAUCAUGAGCAUUUGAUUCUGGUGUAUCCUCCUCCAGUAAAGCAACUAUUAAUGGCUGCUUGAUCACCACGUUUUCCUUUUUGUGUGCACAGUUAAUUACAGGUAAAGACUUAUUUUUGGAUUCA